UAAAAGGAGAGAUUUACGCUAUGCCAUUUCUACCUCCCUCCUUCGUUUUUCUUUUCUCCCACCGCAACCUUGGACGAUUCCCCACAUCUGCCAGCUUGGAUAGUUGGUGGAGCUUUUGCCUUAUUCUUCCAAGAACCCAGUUUCUAUACCAUGUCUUGGUCAUCUCCACACCCAGAUGCCCUUUCCAGUUCCUCUUCAUUUGUUGUUUUCUCCAAUUAAAAUGUAAGCUCUUUGAGGGGAGAGCCUGCCUUGCUUGCUUAUAUUUGUAUCCUGAGCACUUAGCACAGUGCCUGGCACACAUUAAUAAGAGUUUUAUCUGUCUUUCCAUCAUUAUGUCUAGAUGAUCUUUAAAGUAACUUUCAGUCACUUCCAAAGUGUUCCAUAAUAUAGGCAGAAGUGAGCAAGACAUGUAGUCUGACAGAUGAGAUGGGUAAUUAGACUGGAGGAAGACGUGUCGUCAGUGGUGGAAUACAUUGAUUGGUACAGCUAGGAGGGGACCCUGAGAUGUUAAGCACAUACACAAAGCACCAUCCAGCCUGGGGAGAAGGACCCUGCAUUAAUUGUGAUUCUCCUAGAUUUAAAGACCAGCCCAGUGUCCUGUUUUCUGUGGUUGCGGGGUUGUUUGCCAUUUUCUUGGUCACUGCUCUCCUCUUCACCCUAUGGUUCUGGAAUAAACGGAAAAAAGAACGGGUAUCUUACUUCCGGGUCACUGUUGUUCCCCUGGUGACGCUGUCUCAAUCCAGAGAACGAGCGAAAAACAUCUAUGGUUUUCUGCCCCAAAGCCAAGUGAGGCCUGGUCGGCGUCACUCAAGAACCAUUCGUAUUUUCAGUACGGAGAGUCUCUUUCCCAGAAAUUCAGAAAAUCCUAACUCUGAGCAUAUGUUCUCACCAACAGUGCAUGUCCUCCAGUCAUGCAGGGCCAGUGUUCCUGCUGUUGGAUAUGAGGUUGGCAUCUAUGACAACACUGCGAUAUCCCAGGUGCAUGGGAACCUCAUCCCUGCAGUAGAUUAUGUCAAUGUUGGAGCAUCCAUAGAAAGCAUGAGCACUUCUUCAGAGGAUUCACAGGAUUAUGUCAAUGUGCCCAAUGCUGAAGAAGUUUCUAGGAAUCCAGGUGCAAUGGACUCCUUGUCUGAGGAUCUCCACAAUCCUCAAACAUCUGAGGAGAGUGAACCCAGUAUAGAAAGAGAUAGCGGCACUAAGAAUGCUGAAGACUCCACCAGUAUUUGGGUUCUAGGCCUUGAGGACAGUGACUAUAAUGGGGAUGCAGAGGGCUCCUCUCUGUCCUCUAAUGACUAUGUAAACGUGCCAGCAGCAGAUAUUGAGGAUCAGGACAGACAACACUGGGUGACCUUUCAAGAUUGCCGAGCUUAUGACAAUGUCCUAUGGGCUGAGCCUAAUAGGAAAAAGCCUCAUGCAGGGGAAGAGUUGACACCAACAAAUAGAGGAAGCAUGCUGGGUUGGACUCCCAGUCUCCCUUUUGAUGUCCAUUGUGAAGAACCAAGAGAGAACUCGCUUGACUUCUGGGAUUAUGAGAAUAUUGAGCCAUUAGCACAGGAUGGAAACAGCCAAGAGACAUCUGCAGAAAUGGAUAGCGAGGACUCUGAUGACUACAUAAAUGUGCCGGCAGUGGUGGAAGAGGGGAAGCUCGACACUGAGCAUGGGACUGAGGCAAGGGCGCUGACUACAGAGCAGAAGCUCACUAACCAGGAUGGAGCUUUCUGUACGUUCCUUCCUACUUCAACUUCUGUAACCACAUAGCAGUGCCCCAGAUCAAUGAAGGACUGAGAAUCUUUCAAUAUGAGCCAUCUGGUAAAAGGUGGGAAGAGGUGAUGGGUGAGCAAAAGGAACUGUGUGAAAAUGGUGGCAGUGGUGGUGGGCGGGCAAAAGCAAGAAAGAAACUGCUUUUGAGCCAUGGAGCCUGGUAGAAAGAACGUAGACCUGCAAGCCAGGAGAACCAGGGUUGAGCUCUGGUUCUACCAAGUACACGUGUCAUUUAUAAGUGAAUUACCUCCCUGUACUUCAGUUUCAUUAUCUGCCAAAUGGGCAUAAUAAUGAUAUCUGGCCUACAUACCUAAAAGGAAGUGUACUACAGCAGAAAGCACCAUAUAUUUGGUGUCAAAGGACUUAGGUCCAAGUUCCAGCCUGGCCUAAUCCCAGCAAAUCCAUACUUAUGUGUGGGCUUGGGAAAAUAACAACCUCUCAGGGCCUCAGUUUCCUCAUCUGCAAAACGAGGGGUUGGACUACCCCACAUGGGGUUGCAACCCAUAGUUUAAGAAGUGCUGAAGGGAUCGCAGAUGGAAAAAAUUUAAGAAGCCCUGGAUUAGAUGAUUUCUAAGGUCCCUGCCAGUUCCAAAUCUAUAAUCCUGCCCCUCAAAUCUCCUGUGAGAAUGUUCUAAUAAUGGAAAAGCACUUUAUAGAGGGGUAAUGCAAAUAUAAGGAAUGAUCAUUCCAAGCUAGUGACAUUACUAAUGCCCACCCCAGAAAACACAUCAUUAACAAUGUUGCUACAACUCCAUUUGGAAGCAGUUAAGAUAUUACAAGCACACUCCAUCAUAAAAGUGCCCCAAUUAUAAUGUUUUCAAUCUCUGGCUCCUAAUCUCUAUUUCUCACCAAAGCUGCUCCAGUUUUACUGUUUCACCUAAACCUGGGUUUUCAUGGACUCAAUUAAAGAUAUUAGUUGGGUCUGCCUACAUGCAGAAGUCUAGGCAAGGUCUGAAGGACUGAGCUAGGGGGAAGUUUUCAUUUGGUCCAUUUGUAUGAUCAUAUGCUCUUCUUGGAAAGGAGCUAAGCUAGAAAAGGGCCCAAUCUGUGAACCAAGAUCAAAGGCACAGAAUUCGACAUACCUUCCCACUCUGCUACUGACUUGAGCAAAUUUAAGUCAUUCUGUGCUUUAGUUGCUUGACUAUAAAGUUAGGGAUAACAGAAGACGUGUUUGUAAUUGCAUUGACAUAACUUGUAUAUGUCAACAUACACAUAUUUUUCACAUAUGUUUUCACAUAUAUGUUCCGUCUCCCUAACUGGAUUGUAAUUUUAUUGAGGGCUGAGACCCUUUCAUAAUUUCUUUGUAUCAUCCAUAACAUCUAACCCAGAACCUUAUAUAUACUACAUAUUCAAUAAAUGUUUGUUGA